AUGUCCGUGGCCUCUGAGGCAAAUGACGUCGUAUCGUUCCUCUCCAAGGUUGGGGAGCGCUACAAGCAGCACCGCGAGUUACUCCGCCGGAAGUUUUUGGAAGACGAGCGUCGCGAUUGCCCCUUCAAACCAACAUUGUCCAAAUAUACUUCACACAGGAAACCGAGCAAAGGCUCCGAGUGCGUUGAGGCUGUGGAGAAGCGGUUAUAUCAACUGCAUGUGCGCCAGCAGGAGUUGGCGGAAGAGCGUCAAGCUGCGCAUAACAAGAGGGAGAGUGCCGAGUUGAAGGCAGUGAUGCGGCCUCCGCGUCUCACCGCACAGGCGCGUUCUCUUUCGCCACGCGAUCCAGCAGAAGUAUCACGGCAAUGGUUGCAGAAGCGUGAAGAGAAGUUGAUCCGGUUGCGUGAGGCCAUCAUAAAAGGAGACCUGGACGCGAUGCAGUCUAAACCAACUAUCUCUUCAUAUGCCGAAGCAAACAUCACCGCUGAACGUAGAAACGGGAAAAGUAUAGAAGAUUAUCUAUUAGCUGAGCAUGAGGCGAGACGAGAGCGAAUGCAUCAUCAUUAUGAAGGGGGCACAACGGCUAGUGGUCGUUCUUCUUCCCCUCUACGGCGUGUCGAUUCGCAACCCGUGUUCAGACCUCGCAUAUCCAAUUAUGCGCGACGACUCUCACUCCCUGGUCGCGUUGUGGAUCGUUUACUUUCAAAAAAGAGCAGGAAAGGGGAUGCGCUGCGUGACGAAAAUUGCACUUUUGCACCUCGUGUGUCAUCGACCUCGACUAGGUUGCUAAGAUAUUUCUACAAGAAUCCCAAUGUGUCAGUGUACGAUCGCUUAUGCGAUGAAAGUUACAUGAGACCUAAUGGUUGCUAUGCGAAGAAGGGUUCGUCUCAUGUGGAACCUGGGAGCUUUGGUGUUCCGCAUAUAAACGAGACGUCGCGCGCAAUAGUUGAACGUAAAAGAACUGGCGACGAUGCGCCACUGCGGACGUAUCAGCUUCGAAGCCCUACUGAACGACUUCACGCCUGCAGGGAUCCCACGGCUUCGAGUGGCCGGCACAGACGGCACUGUCAACAUAUGAUUAGUGAACAGCUUGAAAAGGAGAUAUCGCAAUGUACGUUUCGACCACGUGUUGACGAGGAAUCGAACCAGAUGUGGCGGCGGCGGUUACAACAGUUGAAGGGGGGUGGACACCCAAGAAAUGUUUCAGGACUCCGUGAGCUCCUUUGGCGUCGUUCAGAAACACGUAUGAAAGAGGAGUUGCGCAGGCAACGUGAGCUGCAAGAACAGAAAGAGGUGGAGGAGUGUACCUUUCACCCCAAAGUAGGGCGGGCCCCUCGAAGGCGAGUUGAGUGCGCACUUUCCGUUCCGGAACGCAAUGAGGCAUGGCAGCAGCGACGGCAGAAAAAACUCAACUGUACCCGGGAAGAGGUUGAGCGUUCUGAGACAUCCGAAUGCUCGUUUCAUCCCUCCGUUUCUUCGCUGCAUUCUGCAGCUUCGGUGCCAGCCUCUAACGUAGCCGGGUACGAUUCACAUCUGCGGCGUCACGCGGAGUCGCGGAGGAUAAUUCGGGAGAUGCAGGAGUGGUGGCGGCCGAAGUCUCACAUAUCUCGUAACAGCGGGUCAGCUCGUCGGGUGCGUUCGCAACCCCAAAAACGGGAAAAGGAAUGGUGGGACUUGCCGCAGAAAUGCGAGCUCAGCAGUUUUACGCGCACGUGCUCUCCCACUUCGUGGGAUGAUCAACUUAGUUCGUCACAGUUGGGUUCGUGA